AGUGAUAGGAAUGAGAAUCAAAAGUACUGAACAAAAAAUGCGUACUUAGGUAUAAUAAUAAGUGCAAAUUUAAUCAACAAAUUGUCAAAAUUAUUAUGAAUAACACGUACGUAACGAAUCGAAACGAAUAAUUUGUUCUAAAGCCAGAAAGAAGAAAUUGUAAAUAGCGAAAAUAAGCGAAAUAUUUUGAAUGUACCUUUCAUGGUUAACACGUAUUGGAAACUUUCACCUGCUUGAGCAGAGGAGUCCAAUUGGACGAGGCUCAAGCGUUAGGUACAUAUGCUGAAGAUUUCUACAGGGCCACUUACAUGUGAAACCGUCUUCUGUGUACACUGAACAUAGUGGCGAGCCUUUUACGGUUCUCCGUGUUAAAAGACAAUGUCGAGAAUUCUUGGAUAUUCAUUGAGGUUCGAAUUUGAAAUUUCCUAUAUGUAUUAAAGAGGCCACAGCAAAAUGGGAAGUUACGCGAGUAGAAUUGCAUCUAUGUCAAACAAUGCCGUGCAUUCAAUGUACCGAGGUCGUAAACGAAAGUGCAUCGAGGAGGAUGACUUUGAUUCUGAAUCAGAUUACAUCGAUCGCACGUUGCAAACGCCGAAAAAAAGAAAAUUGUUGACAACAGCACAAUACAUAUAUAAAACUUUAUUUCAAGAAGAAAAAGGCAGUGAUAUAACUGUGCUCAUGUUGGGCAAAGCAUGGAGAUUACAUAAAGUUUAUAUUAGUCAGAGUCCCUAUUUUGCGAGUAUGUUUUCAGGAUCUUGGAGAGAAGCAAAUGAGACAGUUAUUAAUGUAGAAAUUGCUGAUCCUAACAUCACAUUGGAUUCCCUUUUGACAGUCUUUGGUUCCUUUUAUCAGGAUGAAGUUAGUUUGGAACCAAAAGAUGUGAUAUCAAUUUUGGCUACUUCCACCUUAUUCCAGUUGCAAGGGUUAAUCGACCAAUGCACAGACAUCAUGGUGGAAACAACAAAUAUAAAGACUGUUGUUCCUUAUUAUAAUGCUGCUGUAUCGUAUGGUGUCCCAAUGGUGAAAGCAGCAGCAAAACGGUGGUUAGAAGUUAAUCUUUUGGGAUAUGGUUGGCUGCAUCCGACUUUUUUAAAAGAGAUCACGCCAGAUUUAAUGGCAGAGUUAAUUGCUAGUCCCGACUUAAUUGCUAUGCAAACUGAAUUUUGCAUAUAUAUGAUGUUAAGAGUAUGGCUCUUUGUCCAUGUGCACAAUAAAGAAGAAACGCUUCAAAUCGAUGAAUACUUUAGAAAUCAUAAAUGGACGCAACCAUUUCUUACAACAGAGGAAGGUCAAAAAUUUGCGGCACCUUUCAAAGCACUAAGAAUGAAAUACCUUUUAUUACAUGACCAGGAUGUUAAAAUUUUGUACAGUGAUAAUUUAAUACCACAUGAAUGGUUACACAAUGCAUACAAGGAACAAUGGUUACAUUUACUGAGAAUAGACGCAAAUAAAGAUCAAGGACCAAAACAGAUGAGCGAAGAGGAAUUUGCGCGUGAAUGUUUUCGUUGUGGAAGAUGUAUAGAAAAAGUUGGCGAGCAUAUUUGGAGAUGGACAGCAUUUCAUUUUGGGUUAAAUUUGGUCGUAUGUUUGGAUAGCACCAGUUUGAGAAUUAAAAGAAAUCACAGACUGGACACAGAUCAUAUUAAAGCUAAUCAUAGCAAGCACAAUAUAAUCCUAAAAGUAAGUUUAAUUUCAUUGGAUGAACAACGCCAAGAAAAACACAUUCAGAGUUCUGGUAUGCUUAGGUUAUUACUUCAUAAGAAUGAAGAAAAACAAGUGAUGUCUUUGGAUAAAGAACUUACUUAUCCGUUGUAUAUAUCGGUCAACAUGCAAGUGGUGACACCGUUUGUAUCUGCGGAAAAGGAGAAAUCAGCCGAUAUAGCUAUAUUUUCAGAUACUUAGCAUUCUGAAAGAUAGCUAAACCCCGACGAAUGUACGCUUGUUUCAGAUACUAAUUCAGCUGUUUAACUACGAGUAAGCAUUUAUGAGUAAUGUUCAUUCUGGACAAUUUCAGAAUACACUUUAUAUAAAUUUUGUUAUUUGACCCACAUAACGUUUACAUUAUGAAGACAUCACUUUUUUAUUAAAAUGUCUAUAAACUGGAGAUCUAGUCGACUGAAUACAAUCGCGGCGUUAGUACGAAACAAAUUUUGCUUGUUCUAUCAGUACUUUUGGAUAAGUGCAAAUCUAGAGACUUAUUUUUUAUAACGUAAAUUCGACUCAUUCUAUUAAUAGAAUUACAUAAAUAUUAUUUUAAAAAUUGAUAACUUACCGGUAAUACAUAUGAAAUAUGAGAUAAGGUAAGAAAAAAGUAUCAUAUUUUGAUGUUGAGCAAAAAGAGAGAUCUAUAAAGCAGUUUAAUUUCUAUCCAAACUCAGCUUUAGAAAACAAGUGUUAUACGAAACACCGCAGUAUUAAAGACAUUUAUUUUCACUGUCAUUUAUGCAUUUAAAUAUUUAUAGUGCAAUGAAAAUGCUGAUAAUCAAUUACUUUGUGAAUCUGCAACCGACAAAUUUCAUACUUUUGCAUUAAAGAAGGAUAUAUGUGAUUAUAAAAGUGAAUUCAUAGACACACUGAUUGAGUGAUUCUGUGUCUUCCGGCCAGCCAUCGAAAUGUCGACCUUCGUGCCUUGUGAAUAUUGAUCGUAAAAGAACAUGUAAGCAAGAUCUUUUACCACUGAAUAGCGUCAGUUUUUAUAUGGUAUUUUUAAUUUUCGAAACAUUUAUUAUACGAUUACAUUUUCAAACGAGUAACGCGCAAAACACGUUCCUUCGAUUCCGCAGCCGAUAUAUUCUAUAUGGUGCUAUCAUUCGAUAAGUAAAUAAUUUUUCGUUUCACUUACUAAAUAGGAGCUAUAGUAUAAGAAUUUACUCCACUUAGUGAUUAAGUCUUUCUACAUUUAAUGAACGCUCUUAAUUUCAAAUUAACUUCUUAAUAGAGGUAUAUAAUGCGUUAUAUAUAACACCUGUCGUAUUGUCAUUUAGUUUUUACCUUUAGCAUAGAUUUUCAUAAUAGGUGUCUUCAGUAAUGAAUAUAUAGCACAGUAAUGCUUUAACCUGUUUUUUUAUAUCUCAGAAAAGCUAUAAAGAAUAACUGAUAGUAAGAAAGAAUUUUGUAACAUCGAAAUUUGUAAUGUUCUUAGAGAUGAACAUUAAUUUAAUACACGAAACAAAUAUUGUUUUAGUAAGGUAACUGUUAAAGCAUUGAAUUUUCGUUAUCAUUAUCCAGAAACCUCGGAUUAUUUUCUACUGACACUUUAAUGAAUGUGCACUUUACAUGCAAAUGUAUCAUACGAUAAUCUACUUCUGUGAUCUGGCGGGAAAAAAUUGUAGACCAAGCACGAAUAAAUCAGCAAGGUUAAAGAA